UAUAGCGUACGAAAAAAAUACAAGCGCUCUGAUUGGACCAAAAUCAGACCACCAGCCAAUCAUCGCUCAGAAGGCGGGAUUUUUGCUGGACCAGGGGAAACAGUGCACCGUGGUCCUGUCCCAAAUAACGUCUUGUUAUAUGCCUGAGUCUGCAUUCACCUAAGCGGAAACUCGUGCGCUCGAGGGUGCAGGAUUUGGAACACGGCUCCAUGCAGGACUGAGCGGAAAUCUUCAGCAGAGCAACGUUAAACGCUGUUCGGGUCAAAACAUGUUACCUAAUUUAACUUGAAUUAAAAAAACAAGCACCCUCUUGGAAUAUAUAUUUGUCGUUCCUUAGUUGACGUCUCAAACAUUUUGUAAUUUCACGACUUAACAUUUGUGGUGGGUUGGAAAUGAGUAUAUAACGUCGACUAUGCUUUGUUUCACUACGACCGAAAAUAGAUGACGCAACGAGAAUCAACGUGACCUAAGACAGAGGAGCAUUGCGCUUCUGUUUCUGGUGUUCUUGCAGGUCAUGGCACAUUUAUGCCUCUCAGCUAACAGGUUAAUCGUCCAGCUAUAUUUGUGUAUAUUCGCUUCCCUCUUGUUGUAAACGCGCAGCUCGUGAUGUUGCUCAGGGUUCACACUGUGUCUGUGAUGAGGAGGUUUCUCUCUCCGGCUUGCACACUCGUGAAAUAUCACGCUCCCAAUUUGUUCACAUCGUGCUCAGCUCUUACCCCAAGCCGAUCCCUGAGUACUGGCUCGGUUUUGAGAAAAGAUGCUCCACAGCAGAAACCUGAGCUGGACCUAGAUGUCUGGAAGUCCGUAAUGAGAUCCCAGGUUUCACAAGAUGACAAACAGAAGGAGGACAGAGAAGCAGAAACUGGAGGAGAAGAAGCAGCAGGAGGAGGUUCUCCGGUAGAGAGGAGUCGUACUCUGGUGGACAUGUGGCGGCAAGCUGGAAAACAAGUCCCCGAUGACGUCACAGAGGAGCAGCUGGAGACGCUUGCAGAACUCACCACUAAGUCCUCUAAGAGGAAGUACCUCAGGUAUUUGGCUAUAAAAGAGGGCCAUAAGAAGGCCAACAGAGAGAAAAAGGAGAAAAGGAAGACUGAGAGGUCAGUCGAGUUGGUGAAGGAGGAGACGGGAUUGGAAGACGCAGAAGAAGAAGGUGAAGGAGAACCCAAAUUGAAAAACACUUUUCUUAUGCAGUUUUGGACUCGUUCCGCAGACCGGCUGUUGGGCUGGAGAGCGGCGCAGGCCAUGCUGUAUGGCCAGCCGCUGGUCUAUGAUAUGAGCUACGACCAGCACAUGUCGAGGCGUGAGAUGGAAAACACGAUCUCGCAGCUGAUGGAGACAGAAGGCUGGAACCGGCGCUCAGUGGACUCUUUCCAUUUGCACUUCUGCAACCUGCAGCCGGAUGGCGCUUAUCAGCGGGAGCUUCUCAGACGCUACGGUCAGGAGGCAUGGGACCGUCUUUUCGUCACCGCUACCCACCAGCGUCACGUAGACCUGUUUCCCCGAGAGGAUCUCGUAUACCUGACUGCCGAUUCCCCCAACGUUCUCCGCACCUUCGACCACACCAAGGUGUACAUCAUCGGAGCCAUGGUGGACCGAUCCAUCCAAUCUGGAGCUUCUCUGGCCAACGCCAAGCGUCUCAAGCUCUCCACGGCAAGGCUGCCUCUGGACGAGUACCUGCACUGGGAAAUCGGGGCCAAGAACCUGACGCUGGACCAGAUGAUCCGCAUCCUGAUGACUGUCAAGGAGACGGGCAGCUGGGAGAAAGCGCUGGAGUUCGUGCCCAAGAGGAAACACGACGGUUUCCAUCAUCAUAGGAGUAAAGACACGGUUGAAAGAACGGAAAAAAACAAUCAGCCAUCUUUCAAAGAGGGGGAACGAAACCCAAUAUUUUUGAGUAAACAGAGACAGAAACACACAAAUAGAAGCGAUGUGGCAUCCAAACAAACGGUCGGACUUUCGGAAAACUUAUCCGGACAGAGCAGACUGCGGAUUGCCCUGAAAAGCAAACUUGAGGAAGGCAGAAAAGUGGAAAGAAAAAGAAACUGGUGGGAGGAAGAUUAGCCUUAUAACACUGGGGAUGAUUUUUCUGCAAAGGAACAAACAUCGUCUACUGAAUUUCACAUUUCACAAAUACAAAAAUGUGUUCUUUCUGUACUGAUUUAUUUUGUAAUGUUAAAAAAACGAUUCCCUCUUUACCCGGACCAUUAACUCAACUCUGCUCUGAAAGGAAAUAAAAAUUUUUUUAAAAAAGA